AUGCCGGAACUCACUGUCAGAUUCCAAGGGGAUGAUGACUAUGAAUCAGAUGACGACGAUUUGGGUGAUGAAGGCGAUGAAGAGGAAGAACCUAUUGUGGCCGAUUUGGAUCACCAUCAAAAAAAUGUCGAUAGAGGAACCGAUGAUAUUGGGAGCCUCGUUACUGAUCUGGAGGACCUACAAGAACCGCCAGAAGAAGAGAUUGUAUUUGAGCCUGAAACGCCUCAAGUAACAAACGUCACUCAAUCUGGGCAAACAUAUGCGCAAGCUGCAAUAAGAACAAGAAUCGAGUUGCGACAAGACGCAAGCAUCAAGAGAGGGAAUUGGAACCGUUGA